AUGGAUUGGACGCAGGCAGGAGGAGUUCGGGCAGCAACGGCAAGCAAUCCUCUGGGUCUGAGUGCAGGGAAGACAGGGGGUAGGUUACAGGUUACCAGUCCUCAGAUCUACCGGCCGCCUGCGUCGACACCAAAGACAUCCCCAUCGAAGAGGUUGAUGACCACGAGCAAAACGGCAGCACCUCAAAAACAGAUCGAGGGAGGGACUCCAAAGAAAGCAUUGCCAGCUCCAGGUCCGAAAUCGACAGGAGUAUCGCACAAAGCCACUCCUGCUAAGAAGAUUGGUACCGCUCCCAUCAAGCCUGUACAACAGUCGGCGGCGAAGACAAAUACCCACCCCAAUCCUGGAGCCAUGAGGCAGCAAAAACAGGGCAACGGUGCGAACAAAGCUGGGGGUGCAAACAAAUUUCCUACCACACCAAACCCAGGCGCCAUGCGGCGCAAGCCAGCAGAUAAUGGGGACACGAAGCAGACCGCCGCGGUUAAGAAGGUUUCGAAUAAGCCCAACACGUCUUCUGCCUCGAAGCCGACGACGACAUCGACGACAGCAAACCGACCAAAGGUGCAAGGCAAUCCCACGGCUGCCGCCAACCCGCUCGGGCUCAACUUUUGA